AUGGCUUCAUAUCCAGGCAGCGACAGCAGAGGUGGCUUUGCUCCACGGAGAGGACGAGGCCGCGGUGGAAGAGUCCCGUUCUUUGCGAAGCCCAAGGAACAGGUGAAACCUGAUCUUAAGAGACAUCCGCUUGGAGGCCUUGUCAAGGAGUUUCGCAAUUCGGAUCUGAGCUUGAAACCCGCAGCUCUAGCAGAGAUAUCCGAUUGCCAGCAAGUAGCAUCCUACAAUUGGCUCAACGGCAAAGUACCCACCAUUGUCAUUCCAGGAAAACCUCCUCAGUGGACACCACUUCCUACACCACGGCGUCUGCCAGAGGACUAUGGGCAAUACUUUCGUGACCCCAACGCCGCUAUGUAUCCCGAAUAUCCAAUGGCACCCGUCGUGCGUGCGAUCAUGGAGACCAACCCUGAAUUCAACUCUGCGAGCACCGAUCUCCUCGCUUGUGGAAGCACCCUUGGCAACCUCCUCCGCUUCGCUCGGGGUGUCGACAAAGCUUUCCGUUUCAACAUCGAGGUCUUCGGCGAGACCGUCUUCUUCGUACGAAAAGAGAAUGAUCCUAAAGAAGUCAUCAAAGACGUUAGAGGUUAUGGUCAUACCUUUCCAGAGGCAUACACCACAUGGGAGCAGAGCGUUAAAGGCUCCGAAACCCACCAACGCAUCAUACGAUAUGAGUUCGGCGGCUUGAAGUGCCUCGUGCGGUUCGAGAGUGACGGCUACAUUGAAACGGCCGGAGCAGUCAAUGAUGCUACGCAUUCAGAGAGCGCCGACGACCCCGAUGAUCUUCUGGCAGCACUCCAAGACACAUCAAUUAGCAGGCCAUCAGACUUCAUGAUAAGCACACAUGAUGCUUUGAUUGUCAAACAGGGUGGAACAGCGGUGCUGCAAGACGUCAUUUUCGAUCUGAAGACGCGUUCAGGGAAGUACAAGAAAGACAUAGACAUGAGCGACAUCCACCCAGCGCUCUGGAUCAAACAGAUAUCUAAUUUCAUCGUCGCCUAUCACAACGGUGCUGGACUUUUCGAAGACAUCCGAGUGCAAAAUGUCAAGAACGAUGUGCAGGCUUGGGCCAAGGAUAACGAAGAAGGCAUCCGCCGCUUUGCCACACUUCUAGAUACGAUCGUUAAAAUCGCUAGGAGUAAUGCAGGCAAGUUGCUCGAGGUAUAUUGCCCUGGAGCGGACCGCUUGGAGGUCCGGUUUCAGUAUGGCACCGGUGUGCACGCCUUGCCUGCGGACCUGGCAGACCGCUGGGAGAAGACUUGUAUGGAUGCCGUCUCUACGCAAGACGAUGAAUCCGACCAGUUCAAAUUUAGCGAUGGGGGUAUCGGUCUAGGAGAUAGGUACGAAUUCGACACUGGCUCUGACGAUUCCGGAUCGGAGCCAGACUACACUGCUUGUUCCGCUCACGAUUGUGGCUAUUGUGGCAGGUGCACGUAUUGA